AUGGAUGGUCAAGCAUGGUAUUUGAGAACUUCAAAGCUGGCUCUGGCCUUGGCAAUUAUCCACUCAAAACCAGCAGACAAAAGCAGCAGAGAAUACACAGAGCAUCUCGCAAGGACGGUGUCUGGUCAGGAAUCAAAGUGGAGAGCAAAAGUCAAAGCCUUGGAAGCUGAAGUUCUGCAAUUACGUCAAAAACAACUUCUGAGCAGGAUUUGUUCAGGAUCAUUUGAGAGUGGAGGUCCAUCUUCCCAGUUGCAGGCUCAGGAACCUAGAAGUUCUGAAAACACUUUGACUCUGCUGGAAGAUUCUGGGUGCGUUUUAUCAAAUGAUCAGAGAACUGAACCUUCAGAGAUGACCGAGCAUUCUGGGGAGAGCUGCAUCUCCACCCCCUUCCCACCACUGUCCAUUGUGAACAGACCUUGUGCUCCUCUGGAAAAGCCUCUGUCUUCUCACAUGCAGUUCUUGCAACGUCUGCUUGGACUGAAGACCUUGACCGAGUCAGAAAGUCUGAAAACAGACUUAAGCCACUUUGAAAACGCCUCUUCCACAGUAUCCGAUUCUGUUUUUCAGUUGCUGGAUGGCUUGAUCACUUUUUACCGAGAACCCAAACUUCCUUGUUCAAGCUUCUGGAUCGAAGCUGUGGAUACUUUAGCUAGACUGAUCGGUGAUUGUAACUUAUCUAAUCACAUUCUUAAAAAGUGUUCCAAGAAGUUGGAAGAAUUCGAGAAGACCCUGCUCCAGGUUAUUUUAAGCAACAACCAUAUCAAUCGGUUUCAGGUGCAGCAUUAUGUCUCUCAGAGUCUGGUAGCCCUGGGAAGUUGCAGCUUGUUGAGAAGAUCUAUAAUAUCUCUGCUUCUGUCAGAAGUAAACAGCUUCGCUGAUGAUCUGGGCACCAUCAAUCAGGUGCAAGCCAGUUACGACAUGACACGCUAUGAAAAUAUUUUCUCUGUUUUCUGCGUUCUGGAACAACUUCUUCAGAAGGAAACCGAAGAAGGCAACGCUUCAACAAUGGGGCAUGAGGACCAAGAAAUCAAGAAAUUUCUUCAGAAGCAUGAUGAAACUAUUUUGCAACUCUCUGAUGCAUUUCCUUUAUUUACUUUUUAUUUAUGGAGACUGGGCACUCUCUUGAACUCAGUAGAGACAGGAACUGUUGAAAAUAACUCACUUCCUUAG